AUGGUUUCAGCAAUUAAUGUCCCAUUACCACAAGGUGCUGGUUACGCUGUGGUUGUUGGGUUAGGUGCUGUCUUCGCGGUGGGGAUGGUUUUCACCACCUAUGUUUUAAGAAGAUAUCAAAGAGAAGUUAUCACUGCUGAAGAAUUCGCUACUGCUGGUAGAUCUGUUAAAACUGGGUUGAUUUCAGCGGCUGUGGUUUCUUCUUGGACUUGGGCUGCAACUUUAUUAACCUCAACUACUCAAACUUAUAAUAAUGGUAUUAGUGGGGCAUUCUAUUAUGCAGCAGGUGCCACUUGCCAAAUUGUCUUGUUUGCUUGUUUAGCUAUUAAGGGUAAAGAACGAGCUCCCGGUGCCCAUACUUAUCUUGAAAUUGUCAAGUGUAGAUACGGGAAAACCACUCAUAUUGUUUAUGUUACUUGGGGUUUAAUCACCAAUAUCUUGGUCACGGCUAUGCUUUUAACGGGUGGUUCUGCAGUUGUUAGUGAUUUAACAGGAAUGCACACUGUUGCUGCUUGUUUAUUGUUACCUUUGGGUGUUGUUAUCUAUACCUUAUUUGGAGGUAUUAAGGCCACAUUUUUAACAGAUUAUGCUCAUACUGUGGUCAUAAUAGUAAUCUUGAUGAUAUUUGGAUUCUUGACUUGGGCUACAAGUAGUGUAUUGGGCUCUCCAGGCCAAGUUUGGGAAAUUGUUACUAAGUUGGCUGAAACUCAACCUCGUGAAGGUAAUGCUGGUGGUUCUUACUUGACUAUGCAUUCCAGAUCUGGUGGUAUUUUCUUUGUCAUUAACAUUGUUGGUAACUUUGGAACUGUGUUUUUGGAUAAUGGUUAUUUCAAUAAGGCAUUUGCCGCUGAUCCAGCUGCUGCUUUACCUGGUUAUGUUCUUGGUGGAUUGGCGUGGUUUGCCAUUCCUGCUUUCUGCUCCACUACUUUGGGUCUCGCUGCUUUGGCUUUGGAAGGUACUCCUUCUUGGCCAACUUACCCAAACAGAUUAAGUGCUCAAGAAGUUUCUGCUGGGUUGGUGUUACCAAAUGCUGCAGUGGCUCUUUUGGGUACAGGUGGUGCUGUUUGUUCACUUUUGUUAAUCUUCAUGGCUGUCACCUCUGCCAUGUCGGCUGAAUUAAUUGCUGUUUCCACUGUCUAUACUUACGAUAUUUAUCGUACCUACAUCAACCCUAAAGCUUCUGGUAAGAAAUUGAUUUACAUGUCCCACAUGUCUGUCAUCAUUUUUGCCUAUGUUAUGGCUGGAUUUGCUAUUGGAUUAUACUAUGCUGGUAUUUCCAUGGGAUAUUUAUACGAAUUAAUGGGUAUUAUUAUUGGUGGUGCUGUAUUGCCUUCUGCCUUAACUCUUUUGUCUAAGAGACAAAACAACAUGGCAGCUAACUUGACUCCACCCAUUUCUACUGGGUUGGCAAUUAUGGGUUGGUUGAUUUGUACCAAGAAGAAAGCCGGAGUAAUCAAUGUUGAUACCACUUUCCUUGAUGAUCCAAUGUUAACUGGUAAUGUUAUUGCCUUAUGUACACCAUUGAUCUUGGUUCCUGUGUUUACCUUUGCUUUUGGUCAACAAAAUUUCAAUUGGGAAAUCUUAAAGUCCAUCAAGAGAGUUGACGAAGAAGAAGAACUCGAAAUUGCCGAAGAAGCUGAAAAUAAAAUCGACGUUAUUUUAUCAGGCGAAAAGCAGCAUGAGGACGUUGAGGCCAACUUUAUUUCUCCAGUAAAAUCUCAAACAUCUGCUGCUGCAUUUGAAAUAGCCCAAACUCAACAAGAAAAGUUGAUUGUGGAGGAGGCUCACUUACGUAAAUCAUUUAAGUUUGCUUGUUAUAUUUGUGUCGGGUUGACUCUUUGUCUUGUUAUCUUAUGGCCUAUGCCAAUGUAUGGAUCCAAAUAUGUGUUCUCUAAACAGUUCUUCACUGGUUGGGUCACUGUUUUGUUCAUCUGGUUAUGGUUUUCUGCAUUUAUGGUGAUUAUCUAUCCUGUCUAUGAAAGUCGUGAUGGUAUCCGUACUACCUUCAGAGGUAUGUAUUGGGAUUUGACUGGCCAAACUCACAAGUUGAGAGAAUGGCAAAACAUGCAUCCAGAAAAGUUACACAGUGUUGUCUCACAAGUGAACAACCAAUUACUCGAGGAAGCCCAAGCUGCUGAUGGCAAGUCUGUCUUAGGUGAAAGUGUUGAUGAGAAGAAAUAA